GGGUGUCGCACCAUGAGCAGUUAACUACUGAUCCACCUGAUCCGUUGUUGGUUACUUAAAAACAAUGAAUUAUUCGCAAUGGAGAGAUAGGUAUCUUAUGAGCUUUCGUUUCGAUUCUCAUCAUGACAGCUCAGCGCUGGGCAAGCAUAUCAGCGUUGGCACAGGGAGGCGUGGCCUGAACGUGCGCGUGACCAAUCGUCUACUGACCCCACUGGCGCCCGACCAGCUGCAGUCUGUGGCGCUGAGCCUCCCUGGCCUCCACGCGCGGGGUCAGCAUCAGCAUCAGCAUCAGCAUCAGCAUCAGCAUCAGCAUCCGCAUCCGCAUCCGCAUCCGCAUCCGCAUCAGCAUCAGCUGCAGUGCCCAGCAGACACCAGCCUCUACCACUGCGGCCAGCUGCACAUCUACAGGCUGCCCAGUGCCACCUCAGAGGGCGACUGCAGAGAGCUGCCUGACUCACCCGCGCUGAGAGACGGCGAGCCAGCAGGUGGCGCCGAGGAGCAGCACAGUGGGUCUGGAGGGUUGACGGAAGCCAGCCUGUCAGCGGACAGCGACGUGCAGUCCCAGUCCCAGAUCAGCGACGCGGACGAGUUCUACACAUGCUCCUCCCCCGACACCGCGCCCUCGGAGACGGCAGACAGCGACGACUUCCGCUCGGCCAGCGGUGACCUCCGACCCCCGUCCCCGGGGCCGUCGGGAAAACGAGGCGACAAGCAGGUGUUGGUGGAGUUCAGGGGUCAGCGCUACCUGCGUCUGCUGACCCCAGCGAGAGGGCGCGAGGGGGACGUGGAGUCCAGCUGGGUGCUCACUGACUUCACGGAGGACGGGGCGGCGAUGGUGCUGUCCUUGCGUCUGGACUUCAUUCGGCCGCGGCCGGUGGUGCCGCACUGGAUGAGGGACCUGGAGGAGGAGAGCAGUUGACAUGACGGAGCACUGCCACUGACCGACCAUCUAUCAUCAUUCAGACUCAGUAGUGGACGUUUAAUACACAUGUUUCACCUGAGGAAUAAAAAAAACAAGUGAGAUGGAGGUGGUGUGAUGGCUUGAGAGAUUAAACACAAGGCAGGCAGAUGUCUUCUGUGAUGGCUAACAACUGUUAUUCACUUGUGCCUUAAUGUGAUUGAAACUCAAAUUCAAUUAGAUUCGACAGAUUCCUGAGGGGCAAUUUCAUCAUGCAGGCACA